AAAAAAGGCUCCAGUCCUUUUGACAGCUGUAUGUCCAGAGCAAUGUGAUCUCUUGAUAGGAUGCCAUACCGUUAUGACGUCCUUAUAUGCGAACACACGCACACCUUUCAUACAUGCGUCCAACAUGUAUAUCUAUAUCCUUAUCCAUGCUGUUAUAGCCAGACAUGUAAGCAUGCUUUGGUCUGUAGAUCCACGUCUUUUCUCAUUUACCUCCCUGUCUAAGUCUCGCAGUCUUCAUGGAUCUAUUGGAGAUA